UAAGCAGAGUUCUCUCAUUUGUUGACGAAGAAGCAACGCAAUACCCUGUGGAGUCUAGUUUUUAACAUAUGCAAAAGUAGAAGGAGGACCAUGCAGACAUUUGUUUUUCUAUUUCCUCAAUUGAACUUUUCAGCUCCAAAGGAGGAAGCAUAUUUCAAAAUGCUCGGUCCGGAUGAUUUAAGAGUUACGGGAGACAACGAAAAUAAAUCUAGGUUAAAAGCCAAGGAGAAGAAAAGCAGACUGAGUCUUCUGAUGACCCGGUCAGGGUCCCACGAGAACGUCAGCCCCGAAAAAAAACCUGCUGCCAAGACCACCAAUAUCCCACCAGAAGAGGCAUUGAGAUGGAGUGACUCCUUUGAAGAACUACUAAGUCAUUCAGGUGGCCUGGAAACAUUCACCCAGUUCCUGAGAACAGAGUUCAGUGAGGAGAAUAUUGAGUUUUGGUUGGCUUGCGAAGACUACAAGGGGACCAGCUCUGAAACCAAACUGAUUUCCAAAGCCAAGCAAAUCUAUGCUGUGUACAUUGACUCUGAUGGUCCAAAAGAGGUGAACAUCGAUUAUUCGACCAAGGCGGCAAUCCAGAAGAACAUCCUCCGUCCCUCCCGGUCCUGCUUCGACGCAGCACAGAGCAAAGUCUACAGCUUGAUGAAAAAGGACUGCUACCCGAGAUUCCUUGCCUCCGACAUGUUCCUGCGCAUCUCCAACAGGAAGGCCCCAGGCACCAUGUUCAGGAGACGGUCACGGUCGUGCGUCUUCAGCGAGCGCGGCGAAGCAGCAGGGGAUUCCAGCGUCUGGCUGUAGCUCUCCCGCCAGGUCUGCUCAGUGCCGCUGCUGCCGCAGUAAAUCAUGACAUUUACGUGAACUUUUUACAGCUUCCCUGGCUAUUUAUUAUUGUGUCUUUAAUUGAGAAGCAAGAGAGAAAUGGGCAUUGUUGUGAAUACUAAAACGACAAAUAAUAUAUUAAUGUCAUUUUUUAAGACUUGUAGCUCUGCUUUGAUUAAUUUAAUGAUUUACGCAGGCCUCUAACCACGUCUAAGUGUUUUUUUCUCUAAUUGUAAAUUGUAUUUAUUGUGUAUUAAUGUUUAAUCAUAAAUAAAGUCUAAAAUAGAAUUUAAUUUUCUUUAAACGAGGAAAUAUUUUCUUUUCAUUGGAAAAUGUAUUUUCCUUCAAACAAUUCCAACAGAUAUGCAGUUAAAUGUAAGCUAUUAUUAUUAUGAUUAUUAGUAUUAUUAUUGUUGUUGUUGUUAAAAAUCAUUUUCCUACAUAUGAUAUUAUCAAAUAUAUAAGAAUGAAAUGAAGCGUUGUUCUACACACCUCAAUUAAUUUGUACUGGGGAGUGACUGACAGCUUAAUUAGCUUUUCAGACAUAUGGGAAACCAAAACUGCAUUACAAAGUGAUGCAUCCUUGGCAUUUCUGAUUUGUGUCAUUUAAUAGCAGGCAGGAAAUGUUCCAGCUCCCAGGGCUGGUAGUUUGCAAAGGACUGUGGGGCCUUUUGCUAUUAACAAUGAGAAAUAUAUUUUUGCAGUUGAGCCCAUGAUGUGGCUUCAAUAUUUCAGACUCUCUCCUAGUUUUAUAACAAAACCGUUAUUUCUUUGAAGGUCGAACCACUGAUUCUGUUUCAGCGUACUGUAAUUUGCAUAUUGAAAAUAAUAACCUGUGCUAUAUCCGUCUCCAUGAUGUUUGACAAAAAUAAAACCUACCUUAUUCCAAAAGA